AUGGCUGGGGUCCGGGGGUGGACCUGGAGGCCGGUGGCCCAGGAUGCGCUGCUGGCGCGGGCCUUCCAUUCGUGCACCGAACUGCGGGAGCGCUUUUAUCUGGUGGGGGGGCUCCUGGAGGGAGGAGCCAGGGAGCCCAGCAGCGACACGGUGGUCUUCGACCCGGCGGGGGGGCAGGUUGUGCGGGUGGGAACUCCGGGGGCGCCGGGGCGCAGCCACCACGAGGCGGUACCCGUCGGUGGCCGCUGGCUCUGCGUGGUGGGCGGCUGGGAUGGGGCGCGCCGCCUGGCCACAGUGGUCGCCCUGGACACCGAGCGUGGGGUAUGGGAAGAUUGGACCGCUGCCCCUGGCAAUUGCCCUCCGGCUGGCCUCAGCAGCCACACCUGCACCCGCCUGUCAGACAGAGAGCUGCGCGUGGCGGGCCGGGAGGGCGGGACCCGCACGCAGCGUCACUACGGAAGCGUCUACACGCUCAGGCUGGAUCCCAGCGCCCGCACAUAUUGCUAUAAGGAAGAAGGCUUCCACACAGCCUCCCGUUCAGGUCACUGCGCUGCCCUGCUCCAAACUCCAGGGCCCCACCCUGGCCACCAACUGUUGCUCUUUGGGGGGUGCAACUCAGCGGAAUCAGAAGUAGCUGGCCACUGGAGUCGUGGAAAGAUUAAGGAGGAAACACCUGCUGCCCCCCAUCUGAUGGAACAGCUUUCGAGGCUUGUGAGCAGUGGGCAGGGGUCGCAGCAGGGGCCUCGGGGCCUCCGGCAUCACUCAUGUUCUGUGGUGGGGCCCUUUGCUGUGCUGUUUGGUGGAGAAACUCUGACCAGAGCUAGAGACAGUGUCUGCAAUGACCUCUACGUCUAUGAUACCCGCCAGUCUCCUUUUCUGUGGUUCCACUUCCCCUGUGCAGAUCGCCACCUGAAACGCAUGGGCCACCGGACCUGUCUUUGGAAUGAUCAACUUUACCUCGUUGGCGGUAUUGGUGAGGAUGGCAGGACAAGCUGUCCACAGGUGUGCACCCUGGACUUCUUUAUUUAAAGAGUAGUGCCGAGAUACACCACCAAACUCCUGGCUAAGUUUUUUUUUCCCUUCAAGCCUCUGUUUGGUUGCAGACUCAUAGCAUUACCACCAAAGCUAUCUGUCUCAGUUUUAACGCUCAUUAAAUGUCAAU